AUGAUCAAUGAUUACGAGGGCAAUAUGGGAUGUCACAAUGACGAGCAACGGAUCUUAGAUGUGGACGAACCGGAAGCAAGUGGUCAAGCGACGUCGAAGUGGCAACGCCAUACACAUAAGCUGGGCAAGCCGAAGCACGCUUACUUGACGACGACAGCAACAACAACAACAAUAGAAGCAAUAACAACGGAUGCAGAUAAUCAAGAGGCAACCGGAAACUCGGAGCGCUCAGCGCCGCACACAAGCAAAGCGAAAGCAAUUAAAAGUAAAACUAGAAGAGUGAUAUUCAAAGCCAAAACCGCAUCGAUCCGACGCUUAAAAAUGACCAACAAUAUUGUUGGCAAAAACAUUGGCGGCACUGGUGGCAUGAGCAUUGGCAGUGGUAGUGGCGCGGGGCCCUCUUCACAUUUACAGCCACGCAAUUAUUUUUCACUCAAUCGACAGCCGCAAAACUCGCAGAGACCGCGUGCCAGCUUUCCCGAGAUAAUGCAGCCACGUCUCUCGCUGAACGGUACUUUGCGGCAUUUGGUGCCAUCGCCACGUCCACUCUACCGGGAUCAUAGUUCUCGCUCGAUACAACCGCUGACGGCGAACGAGCAGCAAAUGGCCGAAUUAGAUGGUAGUUUCUAUGGCAACACGCUGGGCUGCUUCAGUACAGGAGGCAGCGGGGGUGGUGGUAAUAGAGGCGGUGCUGUGGGUGCGGCUGGUAGUCGCAGCGGCUUUGGUGCUGGUGGCGAAAGUAAUACGGGAUUUCACACAACUGAGUUAUCGAUUACGCCAACUUUAACGGGCGAUGAACAAUAUAUCGAUUUAGGUAGCCUGCGUCGCUUCUCGAUCGAUCGCCAGAGCUUUCUUGAUCUCGGAUCGAAAUUUAGCAUGCCACAGCCGAAAUUCGGUCAGAGUGUCUCACAGCAAGGUUUCUUUACAUCACACGACAGCCUCGCCACACCAUGCGCAUCACGUGCCUCCAAUCCACAUGUGGCCACUGUAAGCACUGCCUCCGAAAUGGAUUUACUGCACAGCAGCAACAAACAGCGUCGCAAAUCUCGCGGCCGCCUGAAAACGAUGUCCGGCGAGCAACCGUUACUCGAUUCGUGGCAACGCUCAGCGACGGCGCGCAGUUCACAAGACAACACAUUGGCCGGCGGUUUGGCGGGGAGUAAUCAAUUUAGCGGGAAUUUCUGCAACGGCACUGAUAGAUAUCCCCGCUCACGUUCCGGUACCUCAACGACCACUGCCCCGCCGCAUAGCGGCCCCUCACAAUCGCAUCAAUCGUCGCAUCAGCUACACCAUUCGGCGUCGGUGUCGCAUGCGCACCAUCAACCGUCACAUGCAUCACAUUUAUCAUCUACACAACAACAACAGUCCGCAGCGUCACAUCAUCAGCAGCAACCACAUCGAACCGCCUCGCAACGAUUUCGUGCCGCCACUGCCUCGCGUAAAUUCCACUUUGUGUUCGAUCCAGCGGGGCGUCUAUGCUACUACUGGUCCAUGGUUGUAUCGUUAGCGUUCCUCUAUAAUUUCUGGGUGAUAAUCUAUCGUUUCGCCUUUCAAGAGAUCAAUCGACGAACGAUUGCCAUUUGGUUUUGUCUCGAUUAUUUCUCCGAUUUUUUAUAUCUCAUAGAUAUAUUCUUUCACUUUCGUACCGGUUACUUGGAGGAUGGUGUAUUACAAACCGAUGCAACAAAAUUGCGACAACACUAUAUGAAUUCGACAACAUUCUACAUUGACUGCCUAUGUUUGCUGCCAUUGGAUUUUUUAUAUCUAUCAAUCGGAUUCAAUUCGAUAUUGCGUUCAUUUCGUUUGGUGAAAAUCUAUAGAUUUUGGGCAUUUAUGGAUCGUACCGAACGACAUACAAACUAUCCGAACUUAUUUCGUUCGACAGCGUUGAUACACUACCUACUUGUGAUAUUCCAUUGGAACGGAUGUCUGUAUCAUAUUAUACAUAAGAACAAUGGAUUCGGUUCGAGAAAUUGGGUCUAUCAUGACUCCGAAUCGGCCGAUGUAGUUAAACAAUAUUUACAAAGUUAUUAUUGGUGUACGUUAGCUUUAACGACGAUCGGGGAUUUGCCGAAGCCCAGAUCGAAGGGUGAAUACGUCUUUGUGAUAUUACAAUUGCUAUUCGGACUGAUGCUGUUCGCGACGGUGUUGGGUCAUGUGGCGAACAUUGUAACGUCGGUGAGUGCGGCACGCAAGGAAUUUCAAGCCAAACUGGACGGCGUGAAAACGUACAUGCGCAUGCGCCGUGUGCCCAAUCAUCUGCAGGUGAAAGUCAUUAAAUGGUUCGAUUACCUGUGGCUGACCCAAAAAUGUUCCGACGAGGAGCGAGCCGUAUCCUGUCUUCCUGAUAAAUUAAAGGCUGAAAUAGCAAUUAACGUCCAUUUAGAUACACUUAAGCGAGUUGAAAUUUUUCAAAAUACCGAAGCGGGUUUCCUAUGCGAAUUGGUGCUACGUCUGCGGCCGGUACUCUUCUCACCCGGCGACUACAUUUGCCGGAAGGGCGAGGUUGGCAAGGAGAUGUACAUAGUGAAUCGCGGCCGUCUGCAGGUGGUCGCCGACAAUGGGAAGACAGUGAUGGCUUCACUGAAGGCAGGUUCCUAUUUUGGCGAGAUUAGUAUACUGAAUAUGGGCACAGCAGGUAAAGAACUUGGUAAUCGCCGCACUGCCUCGGUACGCUCGGUGGGCUAUAGCGACCUCUUCGUGCUGAGCAAAAAGGAUAUGUGGGACGUGUUGAAGGAGUAUCCGGCGGCGCGUGUGCGGCUCGAGUCGAUAGCGGUGAAGCGUUUGGAGAAAUACAAAAAAGCGCCGUUAGAGAAAGUUGCCAUGGGACGCUGCCAAUCGACGCCCGGUUUGGUGGAGAGUUGCGGCCGUACAACAUUGGAGGAUAUGUGGCUGCCACCGCCGUCGGCAUUGUCCUUCGCGCAGCAACAACAAAUACAACAGCAGCAGCAACAACAGCAAAGUGUAUCUUAUAGUCGUGCUCCCAGUCCCCGCUCAACAAUCACCUAUACGGAACGCAUCACACGCGCAACCGACUCACCCGGCUCGGUCAGUCCUAGUGUGCAUAGUUCGGACGAUCGGCCGCGCAGUCGCGCGACGUCGCAUCACUCAACACGACUACAGUCACAGCCAAGUCGGUCAGGACACAUCUGCGAUUCCAGUUCGCAUUUAGAAUGCUACGGUGGCGGUCUGUCCGCCGCUAGCGGUGGCAUCGGUGGUGGCGGCACUACGCCACUACUCGGUUCACAUGAAGCCUUAGAAGAUGAAAUCAAACGUCUGCGCGAGCGCCUGCACACUGUGGAGUCGGAGAAUCAAGCUCUAAAUACGAAAUUAUCACAACAACAAUGGGAUUUAGAGAAUCGACUGGCGGAAAUCGAGAUGCAAAUAUGCGGUGUCUCGUCGACAUCCAGUCUGGAUCCGGAGAAUGAGACCGAGGAGAUGGAACGCAAUCGUGAGAGUAUCAUAUAACACGGGAGCGAGCUGCCCCAUCAGCCGAUCGGAGCAGCUACAACAAUUACAGUAAUGUCAGAGGAAAAUCGAGGGGAAAUGAAUGUGUCCACCGC